CGAACUAGGCACGUAACUGAAUAUAAUACACAUAUACAAUACACAUAUCAUUGAGCGUUGUGGAGUGUUUGGAUUUAGAAAUGCGAAACCCAUUAUCUUCGAUGACUAUCAAGGAAAAGCAUCCUGCUAGCAAGAAGGAGCCAAAAAAUAAUAUUGCCAAGGAGGUUCAUUACAGGGGUAUAAGGAAGAGGCCAUGGGGCCGUUACACCGCCGAGAUUCGUGAUCCCAGAAAGAAGAGCCGCGUCUGGCUCGGAACAUUCGACAGCGCUGAGGAAGCCGCCAUGGCAUACGACGCCGCCGCCAAGAAGUUCUACGGUGCCAAGGCGAAGACCAAUUUCCCUUGCGUUUCCCACCGUGAAAACGAAGACAUCUUCGCCGUCGCCGGCAGAAAAUGCGGCAUCGUUGAGUCUUAUCCGAUUGAUUCUGCGCCUGAGCGUGACGUGACACGGCAGACAGAAGUAGAUCAGUUUUUUCCGUUUGUUCCAUACUGUGGUGGUGAGGGCGUGGUUGCACCGGUGCGUCCGGUUUUUUUGCCUGAACCAGUUGGUAGGGUUGAGUUCAUUGGCGAGCGGAGUUGUUGUCCUUUCCGGUUUGAGCCAGUAAGGAUGGGUGGGUUUAAUGCACGGUCUGAGAGUGGGGCACAGAGUAACUCGGAUUCAACAUCAGCUGUCGAUUGCAAACCAAAUGGAGUUCUUAAUCUUGAUCUGAACCUCGCUCUACCCAUUGGCCAUUGAUGCUUGACCUUCACCUUCAUUUUACAUCGUUUUUUACCCUACUAAUAAUACAAGCUUCUUUUUCUUUUUUAUUUUCCAAUUUCACUUUCCCUUUUAACAUCAUGUUGAGGAUAUAAGGUGCUGAUGUAGAUAUUUUCUUUCUUCUUUUAUAGUCUUA